AUGGACGUACAGACGUUACUUGCUCACCUGUUAACGACCACACGACGAUUAUUUCAGCAGGUUAUAAACAAGAAAUCGACGUUCAAGUUUCUAGUGAUAGCAUGUGUUACUUCCUUGUCGUCGAUUCAUGUGAAAGGGGAAACAAGUCGCCAAGCAUUAUAUAAGACAGAUAUAAAGUGCCAUAUGGAUAUUGGUGUGGGCAUAUGCCAAGAUAUGCCCAACUGCCCUGCUGAGCAAGAUCCAUUUCUAGCCAAGUUUCCAAUAUUCUGCAAAUUGGAGGACGGGAGACGUGGGGUCUGCUGUCCGAAGAAAGGAGAGGUUCCCAUCCCUGUUGCCCAUGGCCAGAGAUGUACUUUCAACAGAACUCACACCAACGGCAUUUGCAGAGACAUUGGUGAUUGUCCUGUGUUGGAUCAUCUCCUCAGCCUGAAGGAUUACGUCUUCUGCGACCGCCCUACCGCUACUAUUUGCUGUCCAGACGGAGGCACACCAGAGGAGCCCCUUUCGCCAAAGGAACAAAAAGAAGGUGAUGUUUGUACUUUGCCAGAGAGCCAAUUUGGAAUUUGUGUUCAAGGCUUGUCCUGCGCAAUAGACAAUACUAGGCCAUUGGUAUCACCGGAGAUGACAUACUGUGACCAAGAUGGCGGAUUAAUUUGUUGCCCAAAGGAAGAACGAACUUCAGAGCCCAAGAGAGGGGACGCGUGUUCACCCACGGACAACGAACAUGGGACGUGUUGGGGAAUUUCGGAAUGUGCAAAAGCUCAGAACGUCACAGCGCUAACAAAUAUCAAAUAUUGUCAUGAACCUUCUCUCCUCGUUUGCUGCCUUACACCACAAGGUCAUGUCAAAAUACCCCAGCAAGGCAAAGAAGCUGUAGAAGGAGACACCUGUCGUUUGCCUGAAGGUGACGUUGGGAAGUGCGUUGAUUCCAUAACUUGCACAGAGGACAAAUAUAGGCCGUCCAAAAGCAGGUUAGCCGCAUUCUGUGAUAUACACCGGCGAUUGCGUUGCUGCCCGCGUGGAGAAGGUAAAUAA